AUGUCAAAGUCUCCCUCCCCUGAACCAAGAGAGCAGAAGUUCUCAUCUACUACUCGAAAGAGAGACUCAUAUGAGACCACAGAAAUGGAUGAUCCAGAACGAACAAUGUCUAGGGUUGCUCAAUUUGUUGAACAGCUACAUGCCAAUAUGUCCUCGCCCCCUGAGAAAGAACUUAUAACAGCACGUUUGCUAGGCAUGGCAAAAGCAAGAAAGGAAGCACGAACUCUUAUUGGUUCGCAUGCCCAAGCAAUGCCAUUGUUCAUCUCCAUACUUAGGAGUGGCACUUAUGUGGCAAAAGUAAAUGUUGCUACAACUUUGAGUGUCUUGUGCAAAGAUGAAGACUUACGAUUGAAGGUGCUUUUAGGUGGAUGCAUCCCGCCAUUACUGACACUUUUGAAGUCGGAGUCAACUGAGGCAAGGAAGGCAGCAGCAGAAGCAAUAUAUGAAGUUUCGUGUGGUGGACUUUCAGAUGAUCAUGUGGGUGUAAAAAUAUUUGUCACAGAAGGUGUAGUACCAACCUUAUGGGAGCAGCUCAAUCGAAAAAACAAGAAGGACAAAGUGGUGGAAGGGUUUGUCACUGGAGCUUUGAGAAAUCUUUGUGGUGACAAAGAGGGGUAUUGGAGGGCAACACUCGAUGCCGGAGGAGUAGAUAUCAUUUUGGGGCUUCUUUCUUCCAACAAUGCUGCUGCUCAAUCCAAUGCGGCUUCUCUGUUGGCUCGUUUGGUGCUGGCUUUCAGUGACAGUGUCCCCAAAAUAAUUGAUUCCGGAGCCAUUGAAGCUUUGCUUAGACUGUUGGGUCAAGAAAAUGAUGUUUCCGUCCGUGCCAGUGCUGCUGAUGCUUUGGAGGCUCUUUCUUCAAAGUCAACUAAAGCUAAGAAAGCCGUUGUUGAUGCACAUGGCAUACCGGUUCUCAUUGGAGCUGUAGUUGCUCCUUCGAAGGAGUGUAUGCAAGGAGAGGGUGGCCAAGCUCUUCAGGAGCAUGCGACACAAGCUUUAGCAAAUAUAAGCGGUAGUAUGUCCGCGCUAAUUCUAUAUCUGGGAGAGCUUUCCCAGUCCCCGCGCUUAACUGCUCCAGUUGCUGAUAUAGUUGGAGCCCUUGCCUACUCUCUGAUGGUCUUCAACCAGAAAUUUGGUGUUGAAGAAGAAUCAUUUGAUGCAACAAAAAUAGAAAGCAUUCUAGUAAUACUUCUGAAGCCUCGAGAUAAUAAGCUUGUUCAGGAGCGUGUCCUUGAGGCUAUGGCCAGCCUGUAUGGCAAUUCCUAUCUCUCAGAAUGGCUGAAUCAAGCAGAAGCAAAGAGGGUGCUGAUUGGACUUAUCACAAUGGCCGCUGCUGAUGUGCAAGAGUCCCUGAUUCUCUCUCUGAUAAGUCUAUGCUGUGAUGGAGUGGGCAUAUGGGUGGCCAUCGAAAAAAGAGAGGGAAUUCAAUUACUCAUAUCAUUACUGGGUUUAUCCAGUGAACAGCAUCAAGAGUACGCGGUUGAGUUGUUAGCAAUCCUGACUGAUCAGGUUGAUGACAGCAAGUGGGCUAUCACUGCUGCUGGAGGGAUUCCACCACUAGUUCAGUUAUUAGAAAUGGGAUCUCAGAAAGCAAGAGAGGAUGCGGCCCAUGUUCUGUGGAAUUUAUGCUGCCACAGUGAAGACAUCCGCGCAUGUGUUGAAAGUGCUGGAGCUGUUCCAGCAUUCUUGUGGCUUCUAAAAAAUGGUGGACCUAGGGGACAAGCAGCUGCAGCUAAGGCACUUAAAAAACUCAUCCAGACAGCUGAUUCUGCAACCAUCAAUCAAUUAUUAGCUUUGCUCCUGGGAGACUCUCCAAGCUCAAAGGUCGACAUAGUUGAAGUUUUGGGUCAUGUUCUUACCAAGGCCUCGCACCAUGAUCUUGUGCAUAAGGAAGCUGCCGCUAAUAAAGGGCUGAGGUCACUUGUCCAGGUUCUCAAUUCCUCGAACGAGAAAACCCAAGAAUAUGCAGCUUCUGUCCUGGCUGAUAUAUUCAGCAGUCGUCAAGAUAUUUGUGAUAGUCUUGCAACAGAUGAAGUUGUGCGUCCAUGCAUGAAACUUUUGACCAGCAAUACUCAAGUUAUUGCAACACAGUCAGCCCGAGCCUUGGGUGCUUUGUCCCGUCCAACCAAAACUAAGACGUCAAAUAAAAUGUCUUAUAUUGCUGAAGGGGAUGUUAAGCCUCUUAUCAAGUUAGCCAAAACAUCUUCCAUCGAUGCUGCAGAGACUGCAGUGGCUGCACUAGCCAAUCUUCUUUCAGAUCCCCAGAUUGCUGCAGAAGCACUGGAAGAAGAUGUCGUUUCAGCUUUGACAAGAGUACUGGGAGAAGGAAGUUUAGAAGGUAAGAAAAAUGCAUCACGUGCACUUCACCAAUUGUUGAGGUACUUUCCCGUAGAUGAUGUACUCAAGGGAAGUGCUCAGUGUCGAUUCACUGUUCUUGCAAUUGUUGACUCCUUAAGUGCAAUGGAUAUGGAUGGAGCUGAUGCAGCUGAUGCUUUGGAAGUCGUUGGACAACUGGCUAGAACAAAACAGAGUGCGAACUUCAGUUAUCCUCCGUGGUCUGCCCUUGCUGAAGUCCCCUCAAGCUUGGAGGCUCUUGUACGCUGCCUGGCUGAGGGGCCUCCUUUAGUGCAAGAUAAGGCAAUAGAAAUUCUGUCUAGGCUUUGCGGGGAUCAACCAGUUGUACUAGGUGAGUUGUUAAUGGCAAAAUCAAGAUCUAUCAGUGCACUGGCUAAUAGAAUAAUAAACUCUACCAGUCUAGAAGUGAGAGUUGGAGGGGCUGCAUUGCUUAUUUGUGCUGCAAAGGAGCAAAAACACCAGUGCAUGGAUGCCCUUGAUGUGUCAGGAUACUUGAAACCCCUUGUAUAUGCGUUAGUGGAUAUGAUGAAGCAAAACUCUAUCUGUUGCUCCCUGGAAAUUGAAGUCAGAACUCCUAGAGGUUUUGCGGAAAGAACUGCUUUUCAGAAUGGAGAUGAGUUUGAGGUUCCUGAUCCGGCCACUGUCUUGGGUGGUACUGUUGCCUUGUGGUUACUAUCUAUAACAUCUUCUUUUCAUCCACAAAGUAAACUCACUGUAGUGGAAGCUGGUGGACUUGAGGCUCUCUCUGACAAACUUGCAAGUUAUACUUCGAAUUCUCAGGCAGAAUUCCAGGAUACUGAGGGAAUCUGGAUAAGUGCCCUGCUUCUUGCUAUAUUGUUCCAAGAUGCAAACGUUGUUUCAUCUCCAGCAACUAUGCGCUUUAUAACCUCCCUUGCACUUUUGCUGAAGUCUGAUGAAGUGAUCGACAAAUUCUUUGCUGCCCAAGCAAUGGCUAGUCUUGUUUCCUAUGGAAACAAAGGAAUAAACCUUGCUGUUGCAAAUUCAGGUGCAGUUGCUGGGCUAAUAACUCUAAUAGGUUAUGUAGAAUCAGAUAUGCCAAACCUUGUUGCUUUAUCUGAAGAAUUCUCUUUGGUAAGAAACCCCGAUCAAGUGGUUCUAGAAUGCCUUUUUGAAUGUGAAGAUGUAAGAAUUGGUUCGACUGCACGCAAAACUAUCCCUCUAUUGGUGGAUCUUUUGAGACCAAUGCCAGAUAGACCAGGUGCGCCUCCAUUUGCGGUUCACCUCUUGACACAUAUUGCAGAUGGAAGUGAUGCAAACAAACUAAUUAUGGCUGAAACUGGAGCUCUGGAUGCUCUGACAAAGUAUCUAUCAUUGAGCCCUCAAGACUUAACUGAGGUCACCAUAUCGGAACUCUUGAGAAUGUUAUUUGGCAAUCCUGAUAUUCUUCGAUAUGAAGCAGCACUAGGUUCCAUGAAUCAACUUAUAGCUGUUCUGCAUUUGGGGUCAAGAAAUGCUAGAUUGAGUGCUGCUAGGGCUUUGAAUGAACUUUUUGAUGCCGAGAACCUCAGAGAUUCUGAAUCAGCUGUACAGGCAGUUCAACCUUUGGUUGACAUGCUUAAUGCAGCAUCAGAGAACGAGCAACACGCUGCUCUUGUUGCCUUGAAUAAAUUGGCUUCAGGAAAUAAACCAAAAGCAGCUUUGAUGACUGAUGUGGAAGGAAAUCCCCUUGAAAGUCUAUACAAAAUUUUAUCUUCCACUUCUUCCUUGGAACUGAAGAGCAAUGCUGCAAAACUCUGCUUUGUGCUUUUUGGUGAUCCGAAAGACAGAGCAAUCGCCUCUGAAUUUAUAGAACCCCUUAUAAUGCUCAUGCAAUCUCACACGAAUGCAGUAGUGCAGUCUGGUAUAUGUGCUUUUGAGAGAUUGUUGGAUGAUGACAAACAAGUGGAGCUGGCAGCAGCUUAUGAUGUUGUCGAUCUGCUUGUAAGUUUGGUUUGCGGAUCAAAUCAUCUAAUUAUCGAGGCUAGCAUCUGUGCUCUGGUUAAGUUGGGGAAGGACCGGACUCCCCGCAAGUUGGAUAUGGUCAAAGCUGGCAUCAUUGAUAAUUGUCUUGAAUUACUCCCUACUGCACCCAGUUCCUUGUGCUACUCAAUUGCAGAACUGUUCCGCAUCUUGACAAAUAGUAGUGCAAUUUCCAAAAGCUCAGCUUCUGCAAAAAUUGUGGAACCUCUUUUUCUGGUUUUGCGUCGACCAGAUUUUGGUCAGAGGGGACAGCACAGUGCCCUGCAAGCACUUGUUAAUAUUUUGGAGAAACCACAGAGUCUUGCAACUCUAAAUCUUACUCCUAGCCAAGUAAUUGAGCCUCUGAUUUCAUUCCUGGAAUCCCCAUCUCAGGCUAUCCAGCAGCUUGGUACAGAAUUGCUCUCGCAUCUGCUUGCACAAGAACACUUUCAACAAGAUAUAACAACAAAAAAUGCUGUUGUGCCCCUUGUGCAGCUUGCAGGAAUUGGUAUUUUAAACUUACAGCAAACAGCAAUAAAGGCUUUGGAAAAUAUCUCUUUAAGCUGGCCAAAAGCAGUUGCUGAUGCUGGGGGAAUUUUCGAGCUUGCAAAGGUUAUUGUUCAGGAUGACCCUCAACCACCCCAUGCAUUGUGGGAAUCAGCUGCACUGGUUCUCUCUAAUGUACUACGCUUUAAUGCUGACUACUACUUCAGAGUUCCUCUGUUGGUUCUUAUAAGGAUGUUGCAUUCAACACUCGAGAGCACUAUUAUGGUGGCACUUAAUGCCCUGAUUGUUCAAGAAAGAACUGAUGCUUCAAGUGCCGAACUGAUGGCUGAAGCUGGUGCCAUAGAUGCUCUCUUAGAUCUACUAAGAUCUCACCAGUUCGAAGAAGCAUCAGGAAGACUGCUUGAAGGUCUAUUCAAUAAUGUGAGGGUACGGGAAAUGAAGGUCUCCAAGUAUGCAAUAUCACCUCUAGCGCAGUAUCUGCUAGACCCACAGACUAGAUCACAGUCCAGUAGGCUUCUUGCAGCUCUUGCUCUUGGCGACCUCUCUCAGCAUGAAGGACUUGCCAGAGCUAGUGAUUCUGUUUCUGCAUGUCGUGCACUUAUAAGCUUGCUUGAAGAUCAGCCAACAGAAGAAAUGCAAAUGGUGGCAAUUUGUGCAUUGCAAAACUUUGUCAUGCACAGUAGAACCAACAGGCGAGCUGUUGCAGAAGCUGGUGGGAUAUUGGUAAUUCAGGAACUGCUACUGUCUCCCAGUGCUGAGGUAGUUGGGCAGGCGGCAUUGCUCAUCAAAUUUUUAUUCUCUAAUCACACACUUCAGGAAUAUGUAUCAAAUGAGCUUAUCAGAUCUUUGACAGCUGCUUUAGAGAGAGAGUUGUGGUCCACAGCGACUAUCAAUGUAGAGGUCCUGAAAACCAUUCAUGUUAUAUUUUCCAACUUCCCAAAACUCCACGUUUCUGAAGCAGCUACGCUGUGUAUUGCCCACUUGGUAGCAGCACUUAAGUCUGGCAGUGAUGCAGCUCAGGAUUCUGUAUUGAACACCUUAUGUUUGUUGAAACAUUCAUGGUCAACCAUGCCAAUAGAAAUCUCGAAAUCUCAAGCAAUGGUUGCGGCUGAAGCUAUACCCAUUCUGCAAAUGCUUAUGAAAACCUGCCCCCCAAGUUUCCACGAGAGAGCUGACAGCCUGUUGCAUUGCUUACCAGGUUGUUUGACUGUUACUAUUAAGCGUGGCAACAACCUAAAGCAGGUCAUGGGAGGCACAAAUGCCUUCUGUCGAUUGACAAUAGGCAAUGGUCCUGCACGGCAGACCAAGGUAGUGAACCACAGUACGUCUCCAGAAUGGAAAGAAGGGUUUACGUGGGCCUUUGAUGUACCACCGAAGGGACAAAAGUUACACAUUCUGUGCAAAAGCAAAAAUACUUUUGGAAAGUCAACUCUAGGGAGAGUGACCAUCCAAAUUGACAAAGUUGUCAGUGAAGGAGUAUACAGCGGUCUUUUCAGCCUUAACCAUGACAGCAACAAGGAUGGUUCUUCCCGGACGCUUGAAAUUGAGAUUACCUGGUCCAACGGGAUAUCAAAUGACAGCAUGUGAAGGAUUUAAUUGUGUUUUUGUAAAAGUUGAUGAAUCAGGCGUUCCAAGCUACUCAGCUAUACAAUGGAGGAGCGUUACUGAUGACUGCAUCCCAAUGUGAUGUACAGACGCAGGGUGCUGUUCUGCCUGUAAGUAUUCAUAUCCAUUGAUGGUCCAGUUUUGUGUUUUCGAAAGGUUAUGCUAUCUGGGGUAUAAAAUGUAAAAAAAUCAGUAAUUUGCAGAGGUGAGAAGAGGCAAAAGAAAAGGUUCCCGGGUGGGUCGGUUAUUUCAAAGAUAGUUUAGAGUUUGUUGUACAGGUCAGUCUGUAGAUGCUAGUGAUCUAAACAUGUUAGAGAAAAUGGCAUUAAGAAAGGAAGAGACUCAGCUUUUGCAAGUGCUCCUAUUCUAAUAGCAUAAAGGGCUGCAGUCAUGCUUCAAUGGCCUUCCAUGGGAUUAUAUUACUAAAUACAAGCAAGUUACAAUUAAGGGAUAUAUUCUUUUUAAUUCCAGGUAAGCUCACUUGUUCUUUUCGACUUUAUACCGGUACAUGACUCCUACAAUCCGGGACUAAUGAAACCCGAAAAGCACACGAUAAUAUGCCUUUUACUGGUUCUUUUUUUUUUUUUUGAGCUUCCUCUUUAACUUUAUUAAUGAGAUAGUAUUCUUUUUUUUUUUUCUUUGCUGGUUAAA